AUGUCAUUCGACGCUUCAAAAGCAACCUCAUAUCUCAAGGAUUACUCCAAGAAAGAUGGCUUGUCUGUCAAAGACUUGGUCGACUCAACCAAUUUCGGUGGUUUGACUUAUAACGAUAUCUUGAUCUUACCGGGACUUAUUUCUUUUCCAAGCUCCGAUGUCAAAUUGGAGAGUAAACUUACCAAGAAGAUCACUUUGAAUGCGCCAUUUGUCUCAUCACCUAUGGAUACUGUUACUGAAGAGGUCAUGGCUAUUCACAUGGCGCUUUUGGGUGGUAUUGGUAUUAUUCACCAUAACUGUACUGCUGAAGAGCAAGCGGAGAUGGUGAAAAAGGUUAAGAAGUACGAAAACGGUUUUAUCAACGAUCCAGUAGUCAUCACCGAAGACAUUACAGUGGGCGAGGUCAAAAAGAUGAAGAAACAAUUGGGUUUCACUACUUUCCCAGUUACAGACAAUGGUAAAGUUGGAGGCAAGUUAUUGGGUAUUAUUACCUCUCGUGAUGUUCAAUUUCACGAACACGACAACGACACAGUUGGUAAAGUUAUGACCAAGGAGUUGAUCACUGGUAAAAAAGGCAUCACCUUGACCGAAGGUAACGAGAUCCUUAGAAAGUCGAAAAAGGGUAAGUUGCCAAUUGUUGAUUCUGAAGGCAACUUGGUCUCCUUGAUCUCUUUGACAGACUUGCAAAAGAACCAAGACUAUCCUAUUGCUUCUAAAUCGUUUGACUCUAAGCAAUUGUUGUGUGGUGCUGCUAUUGGUACUAUGGAGGCAGAUAAGCAAAGAUUGGAGAAGUUGGUUGAGGCAGGUUUGGAUGUUGUUGUUAUCGACUCCUCCAAUGGUUCCUCAGUUUUCCAAAUCAACAUGCUUAAGUGGAUCAAGGAAACUUACCCUGAGUUGCAAGUUAUUGCUGGUAAUGUUGUCACUAGAGAACAAGCCGCCAUUUUGAUUGAGGCUGGUGCCGAUGGAUUGAGAAUCGGUAUGGGUUCAGGCUCUAUCUGUACUACUCAAGAGGUUAUGGCAUGCGGUAGACCCCAAGGUACCGCUGUUUAUGGUGUCACUGAGUUUGCAAACAAAUUUGGUGUGCCAUGUAUUGCUGAUGGUGGUAUUGGAAACAUUGGUCACAUCUCCAAAGCUUUGGCAUUGGGUGCAUCAACAGUCAUGAUGGGAGGUUUGUUGGCAGGUACAGCAGAAACCCCAGGUGACUACUUCUAUAGAGACGGUAAGAGAUUGAAGAGUUAUAGAGGUAUGGGAUCAGUUGCUGCUAUGAAACAAACCAGCAUCAAUGCCAAUGCCUCGACAUCAAGAUACUUUUCCGAGUCUGAUAAAGUGUUUGUUGCUCAAGGUGUCAGUGGCUCUGUUGUUGACAAAGGUUCGAUCACCAAGUUUGUUCCAUAUUUGUACAAUGGUUUACAACAUUCCUUGCAAGACAUUGGUAUUAAGUCUGUUAAAGAGUUGAGAGAAAAGGUCGAUAACGGAGAAGUUAGAUUUGAAUUCAGAACUGCUUCUGCCCAAUUAGAAGGAGGUAUCAAUGGUUUGUACUCCUAUGAAAAGCAAUUGCACAAUUAA